GUAGGUGGAAACUCACAGACACUCGAAACCAUGUGACGUGCGUGCAGAGAGAGGGCGCACAGUGUUUGAUUCCGUCAGUCUCUGGUGGUUAUUAGGGUGUGUCCUGUUUAGGGCAGAGAGAGAGUUAGCGAAAUAAAGGUAUAUUGGACAUCGGAGUGAAGUUAACAACCAGUUCGAUCGCGGUAGGACUAGAUACACGGACUAUUCAUUCUGUACAAAGUUCACGGAGAAUGGCCUCUUCUCGAAUACUUUUCUGUUUAGUGUUGCUCGGUUGCGCUUGUGCAACAAAUCCGUCUCAAGGUAAAGGACGAGGGUUCAUCGGGGUGGUUGACCCUCAGGAUGCCGACCGUGUUACAGUGUCCAAGGCGACCGCAGACACGCUACGGAGCAGUCUGACCACGGUGUUCCUCCCCAUCGUCUACAUAGUGGUGUUUGUUGUGGGGCUCCCCACCAACGCCAUGGCCAUCUGGGUCUUCCUGUUCAGGACCAAGAAGAAGCACCCUUCCGCCAUCUACAUGGCCAACCUGGCUCUGUCCGACCUGCUCUUUGUCAUCUGGACUCCCCUGAAGAUCGCCUACCACCUCAACGGCAACGACUGGAUCUAUGGAGAGGGGUUGUGUAAAGUCCUGGUGGGCUUCUUCUACGGGAACAUGUACUGCUCCAUCCUCUUCAUCACCUGUCUGAGUGUCCAGCGCUACUGGGGUGUGGCCCAUCCUCUAUCUCAGCAGAGGAAGAACAACAAAGUGGCGGUCGCUGUCUCCGUCUCUAUCUGGGCCUUCAUCUGGCUCACCACCACCCCUCUGUACCUGUACAACCACACGGCCAAGCUCAAGGACCCCAACAUCACCACCUGCCAUGACGUCAACAUCAUCCAUGAUCUGGAGGACCCCUUCCCUGACGUAGCGCUCCCCUACUUCUACUUCGUCCUCAUGGCCGGCAUCGUGUUCCUGGUCCCCUCGCUGGUAAUCAUCACGGCCUACAUCCUCCUCCUGAGCGCUCUCGGGAACGCCAUGACAGACGGGAGCGCCGGGAAGAACCGCCGGAAAGCCGUGGUGCUGAUCGUGACCGUGCUGGUCACCUUCCUGGUGUGUUUCAUCCCCAGUAACGUCAUGCUGGUCGUCCACUACUCCCUCCUCAAAGACGGGGUGGUCAACAACGGCUACGGCUUCUACAUCACCACUCUGUGUCUGGCCAGCCUCAACUGCUGCCUGGAUCCCUUCAUCUACUACUUUGUGUCGGAGGACUUCAGGGACCAUGUGAAGAACACACUGCUGUGUAGGAGCAGCAGGACGGUGGAGAGGAUGAGGGUCUCCUUCAGCUCCAUGAAGUACUCCAGGAAGAGCAAGGCCUACGUGUCUGAGUCUGGGAACACACAGAGCAGUACCUGCUAGUAAUGGAUGACUUUGGACAGACACUGGCAGAGGGUCGUUGAAAAGACGAUUCCUCUCUUGUAUGAAUGUGGACUGUGAUGCACUGGAACUGACUGUACGCGCCUUGUAAAAAUGUAGAGACCUAAAAAAGGUCUCUCCUGUAACUGUUGUGAAAUAGAAUAAUUUACAAGAAAGGGAUCAUGAUGGUGUGUUAUUGUGUGGGACAGACUGUGCUCUCACAGGACCAGGACAUGGAGUCCAGAAGAGGAGAAAAUGGAUCUCGGCACAGUAAGCGAACCACCCAUUUAGGAACUCUAUUACUUAUCUGUCGGCAGUGUAGCCUAGUGGUUAGAGCGUUGGACUAGUAACCGGAAGGUUGCGAGUUCAAAUCCCCGAGCUGACAAGGUACAAAUCUGUCGUUCUGCCCCUGAACAGGCAUUUAACCCACUGUUCCCAGGCCGUCAUUGAAAAUAAGAAUGUGUUCUUAACUGACUUGCCUGGUUAAAUAAAGGUAAAAUUAAAAAUAACAGUGUGUCCGGAAGAGUUUUAGUAAGUUUUAAGUUAGGACUUUGGCCAACGCUGAGUCACCUUACACAGACUACUAGUGAAAAUGGCUGAAUAUAUGCAUAUAUAGCCUGGACUUGUUACUCCUUUUGUGAUUUUCAUAUGAAUGACGUUAGAGGGCAAAUGUGAAAGAUGUAAAUAUCUAGUUAGCUAUUGUCUUAAUGUGAUGAUCAAGAGGUCAAACAACGAUUCAUAUCGGACAUGUUAUUGCCUAGCACAUGGGAAACGACAUGUCUGAUGAAAUCCCCAGUUAGAGACUUUUACAUUGUGCUAAAGUGAAAUGUCAUGCAGUUAGGUGUAAAGUAUCGAGUACUGAUAAGUUACUCAUAUUUUAUAGGGGCAGCGGUGGGGUCAAACUGUCUUUAAGUCUAUAAUCUACAUGUGUUCUAUGCCUUUCAUACUGUGUAUUUGCCUCAGUGAGAUCAUAUAGGCUGUAGGCCAGACAUAUUAAUACUGUGCAUUUUUACUUUUGUGCCAUUUGUUUUAAGCCAUUCAAAGUUGUUUUUAAGUUUGUUUGUUUGUUUCUUAAAUAAACGUUUGACCUACAAUAAA